UUUUGGAGUCAACAACAGAUCCUCAACACGCACUCUUCUGGAGUUUAGGUGUAACAAAACGUUGUGUUGCAAUACAGGAUCCAUCCUGUUCGGAGCUCGUCUCGUACUAAGGGGCUAAACUUUGGACCUUCGCCUCUGCAGCGUUGAUUUGAACCUUUUUCUCGAAUACUUUAACAUGUUUAGCCAUUUAGAACCAACCCAAACGCUGCCUCGAACCAUCUUUUCAUAGGCGUUUAAAAAAGGAUUUCAUUCAUCCACCCAGCACGCUCGCCGUCCGUUUUUAAGUGUAGCAGAAAAACGAUACACAAGUUCGCUCGGACUUCCUGUCAUCGGCUCGGACGCGCGGUGCCUGAAGCCAUUAGCGCAGGAGCUAAUCAACUUAUCGAUCAUCUGACUCAUUAGGAGCCCGGCGACUUCCCGGAGACGCGGAUGGACACUUGUUCCCCCCACUAACAUUACACUCGGGAGCGCGCCACGCCGCCGUCCGUGCCGCCCGGCACGCACACGCGCACACGCGGGCGGUGCGGGACACCGGGAGUUGACCGCCGUGGGUCUUUUCGGCGAAGAGGCAUCGCGUUCCCACUCGGUUACCGGCCGCCCUCCCACCUUCACAGAAACUCCGCCCCGCUGCUCCCAGUAGACACCGCGGAGCCGCUCGCGGAGACGGGCGAGGUGCGCUCGUCGCUGGCUUUUUUUUUUCUCGCGGGGACUUUCUGGAGGACUCCGUACCGUCCGCCACGCGCCCGCGUGCUGGCAUUAAGCGUCGCGGGGGGGGGGCGCGUGUACUCUGCUGCCGGAGGACCGAGGCGCGUGUGUCCUUCCAGUCCCGGGGAGACAACAUGAGACCUGCCGUGGAGUUUGUUACCGUCCUGAUACUCACCGCCGGCUUGUCGGCGUGCCGCGGUGACGCAGAAGGUGUCCCCCCUCCCACGGAUGUGUCCUAUGAUUGGCUUGACCCGAUCACGGUGCGCGUGUCCUGGCAGAAGCCCAUCGGGAACUUCAACUACAAAUACAAACUGAUAGGCGGAGGAACAGAUGAACGAUGGACGGAUCAGACUUCAUUGAGAAAUUUCACAGCGGAACUUCUCACAGAAAAUAUGACCACUGGCAAUUGGAAGUACCUCAUUCGCACGGUUAAAACGUGUGAUAAGGGUACUUAUGAAAGCCCUGAGGUGUCCAUAAUAAUUGAAUUCCCUGUGCCAAGAGCUGAAGUGCACGACAUCAAAUGUCUCAUCACCAGGAAAAUCGGAAGAAACUGCUCGUGGAUCCCAGGGAAUCAGCCUCUCGAGUUCUUCUAUAGGACCUCAGGAAUUUCCAACGUUAAUCACUUCAGAGCAUGCAAACUGCUCCACAGCGGUCCGACCAGGAAUGGCUGCUAUCUGGAGGAUGUUGGAGUCGCAGAUGACAUCUGCCUGCUUUUCAAAACUCAGACUGGAAACAGCACCAGCACCUUUAAUAUAAAACCAAUGAUCGAUCCGCCGGAGUUGAGCGUCAGAGAAGGGGGAGAUGAACUGGAACUGAGCUGGACACCCCUAGAAGAUUUUAAAACUUGUAUCUGGGAAUACAAUGUCUGCUACAAUAAAUGCAAUCACCUCGUAAAGUGUCUGCACUUCACUUCGAAAGAAAUGCCUAUGCCUGUGGCCUACGAUAACCGCUGCCGUUACGACUUCUGGUACAGUGUCAAGACAACCAUAUAUUACACACCAGUUUUCAGCGACCGCAGCAAAGUUGUGUCCUAUGGUACGAAUGAGCCGGCUGACGAGACGCUGACUGUGGUUGCCAUCGUCCUGCCCAUCAUCCUCUCCGUCUGCAUCUUUCUGUCCUGCUACUGCUUCAGGAGGUACAGCUUCGUAAUUUGUCCCGUUAUACCAGAUCCAUCCGCGAUAUUCAAGGAAAUGAUGAUGAGCGGAAACAAAGAACUUAAGACAACAGGGACUCUGUACGCGCCGGUUCCAGAGGCCAUUGAAUCCUGCAGAGUCGACCCUGUCCCCAAAUACAUGCUGAAAUCCUCACCUGCACAUGCGCGCAGCGAAGCCUUCCGCCCAGCUGGACUCGCACUCUCGGCGGAGUCGUGAAGGACUGUUUUUUUUUUUUUACAAAGUGUGCUGCACUUCUCAAUUGUGUUGAGACAGAGUGAGCUCUGCUGACAUGACUCGGUGUCACUGCAGCCAGGGGACAACUUAGGCCACUGGAGGUCAGCAAAUAACAAGAUAUUCAGCAGCUUUUCUGCCAGCUCCACACCACAAGGCUGCUGUUUGGAUUUGUACUGGUCCGGCCUGGAUAAUGAAAUGCAUUGAUCCUUCGGGGAGGCCCUCAAAAACUGCACACAACAAGGGCCACCAGGCUGUGUACCCGGAAAUAAUGACAAGGAAAGAAGGUUUCCACGCCUGCACUGUACUGAUAUUGUCCUGUUGAUCCUUGGGGAGGGGGAGUGGGGGGGUGUACAGCAAGCGAGGGAGCAGAGGCUGUAUUUCAGUGUCCUGAGAGCAGCUGACCGUGUCCCUGGAUGGCUGCUGUACAAAGGUAACAAGAGAAUAAGAAGCGGCUCAUGUCUUGACACGCCAAAGGUCUCUGUUGCGGGAAUGAAAGAAGCUGCUGGUACGACCGCCGUCAUGGCAACUAGACAAGGGGCAGGGUGCAAUAAGUGGGAAGCACAUAGUUCUGUAAUGUAGUGAUCCCCAAAUGGUUAAUACUAUAUCUAUCAGUCAAUCUGUAUUUGGAAAAUGUUUCCUGUGGUGUUAAAGCUUUAACCUUUUGUACUCAACUCAUUGUGGAAAGACAACAUUAACUUAGCUUGGCUUUCGAUUUUGUGUAAUCUGCUUGUUCACGGAAGCACCCAGAAACACAAUGCUGUAUCACCGUUAGUCACACGCGCUCCUUCCUUCCUUAAACCGAAGGGAGUCGUCCUUUGUUGCCUUCUCACAUUGCCCAACACUUUCUUGUUGGUAGAUUGUGAAUGAUUCCUACUUCAAAUUUUAAUUCAAAUAAAGAGAAAGUGAGAUAUGUU